GCCACGCAGCACACACAUCCAAUCUUCCCAGCCUUCUGGUGUGCAUCCCUCAAACACUCGUCCAAUAUGCGCGCUUUUCUGAUGCUUUGCUUGGUGGCCAUCGUCCGGGGCCAGUACGACUAUACGCCCAGUUCGCAUGCCGGGGACGGCAACGGAGGACUUAUUGGAGUGUCCAGCAGUGGUGCUGCCCAGCUCUCCGAGCCCAUACUCAUUGCCAACGAGUUCAACAAGGAGUUCUUCUCAUACAGCGCCCCAGAACAGGAGUACGACAACCCGCACGCCAACGAGCAGAUUGCCAAUUCGCUGAAGAAGAACCUGCGAGUCCUCUUCAUCAAGGGGCCGGAGAACACGGGUCUAGAGCAGGCAGCACUCCAGCUGGCCACCUCGGCCUCCGACGACCGCACCGCCAUCUACGUGCUCAACAAGCAGGCUGACAUUGGGGAUCUGACCAACAAGCUCAACCAGAUCAAGGUGCAGGCAAACAACAAGCCAGAGGUGCACUUUGUCAAGUACCGCACGCAGAGCGACGCGGAGAAUGCUCAGCGGACUAUUCAGGCUCAGUACGACUCGCUGCCUGGUCCUUCCAGCAACCACAAUGCGGGCUCCUCGUCCCCGGUCCUGGACUUUGCCUCCAAGGGUGUUGUCAGCGGCAUCUUGGGAGGUUCCGGUUCUGUGCCCACUGGCGAUCUAAAUGCACCAUCGACUAGCGCGUAUUUGCCACCACCCAACCGAAGGUUUUAGACAUAAG